GCUCCCUCCUCCUCCCUCACAGUGGACCCCACCGCCGCCACUGAGGUCUGGAGGGCCGUGCAGAGCUACUACGGGCAGGUGCUGAAGACGUCUGCAGACCUCCAGACCAACGCCUGUGUCACCCUGGCCCGGUCCGUCCCCAAGCAUGUCCAGGAAGCCCUGCAGAAGGUGCACGAAGAGGUGGCGCUGAGGUAUUAUGGCUGUGGCCUUGUCAUCCCUGAGCGUCUGGAAAGCUGCUGGAUUUUGGACCUCGGUAGUGGAAGUGGCAGAGAUUGCUAUGUACUUAGUCAGCUGGCUGGUGAGAAGGGACACGUCACAGGAGUAGACAUGACAGAAGGACAGGUGGAAGUGGCUAAAAAGUACCUUAGCUAUCACAUGAAAACACAUGGCUUCCAGACACCCAGUGUGGAUUUUAUUCAUGGCUACAUUGAAAAGUUGGCAGACGCAGGAGUCCAGGAGGAGAGCUACGACAUUGCUGUCUCUAACUGUGUGAUUAACCUUGUGCCUGAUAAACAGCAAGUGCUGCGGGAGGUGCACCGCGCGCUGAAGCCUGGCGGGGAGCUGUAUUUCAGUGACGUCCUCGCCAGCCUUGAAAUGCCAGAAGAAAUCAGGACGCACAAGGUUUUGUGGGGUGAGUGCCUGGGGGGCGCGCUGUCCUGGAAGAGCCUGGCCGACCUUGCCCGGAACAUCGGCUUCUGCGCGCCGCGCCUGGUUGCCGCCAGUCCCAUCACGGUCCAGAACAAGGAGCUGGAAAGAGCUAUCGGUGACUGUCGCUUUGUCUCCGCCACGGUCCGCCUCUUCAAACUCCCUCCGGGAGAACCAGCUGAAAGAUGCCAAGUUGUUUACAAUGGAGGAAUCACUGGACACGAAAAAGAACUAAUAUUUGAUGUGAAUUUCACAUUCAAGCAGGGUGACGUUGUUGAAGUGGAUGAAGAAACAGCAGCUAUUUUGAAGAAUUCGAGGUUUGCCCAAGAUUUUCUCUUCCGACCAGUUGGAGAGGGGCUGCCAAGAGCUGGCGGCUGUGCGGCGUUAGCACCUGAGCGCAUCAUCACAGACCCGUUCAAGCUUGCGGAAGAAUGUGACAGCACCGGGUCCAGGUGCGGCCCUGCGGUCGCCGGAGGCUGCUGCCGCCCAGAGCAAAGCUGCUGAACCUGUGGCCCGCUCAGAGCCGCCGCUGGGGGCUGCAGGCGGAGCCGCCCGUAAUUCCGCGUUGGCCUGCUCUUCCCUUUAGUACAGGCCAAGGGAAUAAGUGGCCGAAAUGGCACCAUGUUACAGCCCACCAAUAAAAAGAAGCAAAUUACUUACUUAUUUAUUAUU